CCGCGGUCUUCACAUCUACAACUCCGUCAACUCACGCAUCACCCAUCAUCACGCGCGUCGGAAAUCGCGCCCCUGGACCGCACGCUCAUUUCCGACUUGAAUCACGACACGACACGACCGCGAAUUUCCCUUCAGUUCAUCGACGCUUCUGAAGGUGGCAGCGAUUAGGAGGAUCCGUGGAACCUUCUCCUGGGCCGCUGGCCGGGGACUGGCGUGGUCAAGAACGCCAUCGUAGGACGACCGUUACCGACUUCUUGCAUCUCGAAAAGCGUUUCGCGCGAUAGAUUCUCGCUUCCCGAUUUUUCUGCGCCUUGCUUGCGACGCCUGCGCAUCGAUUAUCGGUCGUUGCCCUUUUUUUCUCGACCUACCUCACCUUGUGAAAACCCGUCGACACUUUCCUCACCAAACACCACGAAAACAACCUCAACAUGGCGAACCUUUACUUUACGCACUCGAGUGCGCCGAUCAAGACGGUCGAGGAGAUUCAGUUUGGCCUUAUGGCUCCCGAGGAGAUCAAGAAUAUGAGUGUCUGCCACUGUGUCUACCCCGAAACCAUGGACGAGACUCGGACGAAGCCUCGUGAUGGCGGUCUGAAUGACCCGCUUCUCGGUUCCAUCGAUCGGCAGUUCAAGUGCAAGACCUGCUCCCAGGCGAUGGGCGAAUGUCCAGGUCAUUUUGGCCACAUCGAGCUGGCUAAGCCCGUCUACCAUCCUGGCUUUAUCAAGAAAGUCAAGAAGGUUCUGGAGAUUGUCUGCCAUAAUUGCAGCAAGGUCUUGGCCGAUAGAAGCGAUCCUGAAUUUCUCCAAGCUGUGAACACAAGAGACCCCAAGGUUCGCUUCAACCGCGUCUGGAAUAUCUGCAAGAAGAAGACUCGUUGCGAAAAUGAAGUCAAGGAACAGAAGCCUGAUGAUGGAGAGUACGGCCUGAACAUGAAGCAGGCUCCUGUCAACCACGGUGGCUGUGGCAACAUUCAGCCUAGGGUGCGGCACAAAGCCUUGCAGCUGAUUGCAAAGUUCGAGGCCCAAGGCGAGGAUGGCGUUAAGAAGAAGGAAGAGCCCCCCAUCACCCCGGAGAUGGCUCAUAACAUUCUGCGCCGCAUCAGCGACGACGACCUGAGAGACAUGGGCCUCAAUCUCGAGUACGCCCGUCCAGAGUGGAUGAUUGUUACCGUCCUUCCCGUCCCGCCUCCACCCGUACGGCCCAGUAUUUCCAUGGACGGUACUGGUCAAGGGCUGAGGAAUGAAGAUGAUUUGACAUACAAACUGGGCGAUAUCAUCCGAGCCAACAGCAACGUCAAGCAAGCCAUUCGCGAAGGCUCACCUGCUCACAUCGCCCAAGAUUUCGAGCAGCUGCUGCAGUAUCAUGUCGCCACUUACAUGGAUAAUGAUAUUGCUGGGCAGCCUCGCGCUUUGCAGAAGAGUGGCCGCCCAGUGAAGGCCAUCCGUGCCCGCCUCAAGGGAAAGGAGGGUCGCCUUCGCGGUAACUUGAUGGGAAAGCGUGUCGACUUCUCAGCACGUACUGUCAUCACUGGUGACGCCAACCUUUCCCUCGAUGAGGUUGGUGUGCCCCGAAGCAUCGCAAGAACGUUGACCUAUCCCGAGACGGUCACUCCUUACAACAUUGGAAGAUUGCACGAGCUGGUACAGAAUGGUCCGAACGAGCACCCAGGUGCUAAAUACGUCAUCCGCACCGACGGUACGAGGAUUGACCUUCGUCACCACCGCCGUGCCGGACAAAUUUCUCUCGAGUACGGCUGGAAGGUUGAGCGUCACUUGAUCACUGGCGAUUAUAUCAUCUUCAACCGCCAGCCAUCUCUUCACAAGGAGUCCAUGAUGGGUCACAGAGUCCGCGUUAUGCCUUACUCGACUUUCCGUCUCAACCUGUCCGUCACGUCGCCGUACAAUGCCGAUUUCGACGGUGACGAAAUGAAUCUUCACGUCCCUCAAAGCGAAGAGACUAGAGCUGAGGUCAAGGAGCUCUGCCUGGUUCCCAUCAACAUUGUUUCUCCGCAAAGAAACGGCCCUCUAAUGGGUAUCGUGCAGGACACCCUUGCCGGCGCCUACAAGCUUUGCCGUCGUGAUGUGUUCCUCAACAAGGAGCAGGUUAUGAACAUCAUGUUGUGGGUUCCAAACUGGGAUGGUAUCAUUCCCCCGCCAGCCAUCGUGCGGCCCAGACCAAGAUGGACGGGCAAGCAGAUCAUGAGCAUGGCAGUUCCCAAUAUUGUCAGCUUGCACAGCGCUCCGGACUCGAAGGAGGAUAACCCUCUUAAGGACGAGGGUCUCCUCAUUCAGUCGGGGCAGAUCAUGUACGGUUUGCUCUCCAAGAAGAACAUUGGUGCCGCCAGUGGUGGUAUCGUCCACAUCGUAUACAACGAGCACGGGCCAGAGGCGGCUAUGAAGUUCCUUAACGGGGUUCAGCAAACCGUCAACUACUGGCUUCUACACAACGGUUUCAGUAUCGGUAUUGGUGAUACGAUUCCCGAUAAGGUUACCAUUGAGAAGGUGCAGGUGCACAUUGACGAGCACAAGGCUGAGGUCGAGGAGUUCACAAGACAAGCUACUGCUAACGAGCUGGAGCCUCUGCCUGGUAUGAACAUUCGUGAGACCUUCGAGAGCAAGGUUUCCAAGGCUCUUAACACAGCCCGUGACAAGGCCGGUACUACUACACAGAAGAGUUUGAAGGAUUUGAACAACGCUGUCACCAUGGCCUCGUCUGGUUCCAAGGGGUCAUCCAUCAACAUUUCCCAAAUGACUGCCCUCGUCGGACAGCAGAUCGUCGAGGGUAAGCGUAUUCCCUUCGGCUUCAAGUACCGCACGCUCCCCCAUUUCACCAAGGACGACUACUCUCCCGAGGCUCGCGGUUUCGUCGAGAACUCCUACCUCCGUGGUCUUACGCCGAGUGAAUUCUUCUUCCACGCCAUGGCUGGUAGAGAGGGUUUGAUCGAUACUGCUGUCAAGACUGCCGAAACCGGUUACAUCCAGCGUCGUCUCGUCAAAGCGCUUGAGGACGUCAGCGCCAAGUAUGACGGUACCGUCAGAAACUCUCUUGGCGAUAUUCUGCAGUUCCUGUAUGGUGAAGACGGCCUGGACGCCAUCUACAUCGAGAAGCAACGCAUGGAUCACCUCAACAUGUCCAACAAAAAGUUCGCCGACCGUUUCCGGCUCGAUGUCAUGGCCGAGAACAGACCUGAAGAGCUUGAGUGGCUUGAGUACGGCAACGAAAUCGCGGGCGACCCGGCGGUUCAGCAGCUCUUGGACGAAGAAUUUGAGGCACUCACCGCCGACCGCAAGCAGGUUCGCCAGAUCAACUUCAAGAGGAAGGAUGAUGAAUCGAUGCAGCUUCCAUUGAACAUCGUUCGUCUCAUGGAAACCUCCAAGAAGCUCUUCGCUGUCGAGGAUUUCCAGAGAAGCGACUUGCGUCCACAAGACGUUAUUCCGGCGGUUCAGGCCAUGCUGAACAGAAUGACCAUCGUCCGUGGCAACGAUGACAUCUCCAAGGAGGCUGACCGCAGCGCCACGAUCCUCUUCAAAGCACAGAUUCGCUCACGCCUUGCCUUCAAGCGCAUUGCUUGCCAGCAGCGCCUGAACAAGAUGGCUUUCGAGCACGUCCUAGGAGAGUUGGAGGCUCGGUGGGACCGAGCCUUUGUCAGUCCUGGUGAAAUGGUUGGUGUUAUCGCGGCCCAGUCUAUCGGUGAGCCUGCCACGCAGAUGACGCUGAACACCUUCCAUUUUGCCGGUGUUUCUUCCAAGAACGUGACGCUCGGUGUUCCUCGUCUCAAAGAAAUCCUCAACUUGGCCCAGAACAUCAAAACCCCUUCCAUGGUAGUCUACUUGAGCGGCGAGGACAACGCUAGUCAAGAAGCUGCCAAGGCUCUUCGCAGCACAGUCGAGCACACGACGCUGCGCUCAGUCACCGCGGUCACUGAGAUUUAUUACGACCCUGAGAUUACGUCGACCAACAUCCCUGAUGAUCUGGACAUGGUCGAGUCUUACUACCUCAUUCCCGACGAAUCUCACGACAAGACUGAAGACCAGUCCAGAUGGUUGCUGCGUCUCACUUUAGACCGCCAGAAGCUUCUUGACAAGGAGCUUACAGUCGAAGACGUUGCUAGACGCAUCAAGGAGGAGUACCCCAACGAUCUUGCAGUGAUUUUCAGUGAUAACAACGCUGAAGAGCAAAUCAUUCGUAUCCGCCCCAUGCACGCCGGCAACGACAAGGACGAAGAUGGCGAGAAGAAAAUCGAAGAUGAUGUCAUGCUGAAGAGACUGGAGACUCAUCUGCUCGACACUCUCUCCCUCCGUGGUGUCAAGGGCAUCGAGAGAGCUUUCUUGAACAAGGAGACCAAACUUAUCGAGACCGAUGACGGAGCGUUGUUGGCCGCCAAGGCUGAUGAGCGCUGUUCGGAGUGGUACUUGGACACAUCCGGAACUGCUCUUCGCCAGGUCUUGGCCGUCGACGGCGUCGAUUCCAACCGUACCUACACCAACCACUUGUGGCAGAUUGUUGAAGUUUUCGGUAUCGAGGCGGCCAGAGCGGCUCUGGUCCGUGAGUUGACCCAAGUGCUUGCCUUUGACGGUUCCUACGUCAAUCACAGACAUCUUGCUCUUCUUUGCGAUGUCAUGACCUACAGGGGUACGAUCUCUGCUGUAACUCGUCACGGUAUCAACCGUGCCGACACCGGUGCCCUCAUGCGUUGUUCCUUCGAAGAGACUGUCGAAAUUCUCCUCGAGGCUGCAGCCGUGGGCGAAUUGGACGACUGCCGCGGCAUCUCCGAGAACGUCAUGCUUGGUCAGAUGGCACCCAUGGGUACUGGUCACUUUGAUGUUCUCCUCGAUCCCAAGAUGCUGGAGACUGUCAUCAGCGACAACUCGCGUAUGGGUCUUAUGCCUGGCAUGCCGGUCAAGGGCGGCGAGGCGGGCGGGGCCGCCACUCCUUACGACUCCGGAUCACCCAUGGCCGACUCCGGUUACAUGUCUCUCAGCUCGCCCGCUGCCGGCAACUUCUCUCCCAUUGUUGGCGCGGGCUCCGAUUCUCCCACCGGCUUUAACACCGAUUACAAUGGUUUUGCUGGCAUCGGCUCCGUCGGCCAUUACCCGGGCGCCAGCCCGGGACGGCCGACUAGCCCCUUCAGCACGUCUCCAACCUCGCCUUUCCAGAGUGGGUACGGCGGAUACUCACCAUCGUCGCCUAACGCUGGCUACUCUCCGACUUCGCCCCUCAUCGACGGUGCUGCUGGCCGUUACGGUGCCACUUCGCCCCAGUUCAGCCCUUCGUCGCCGUCCUUCUCGCCGACGUCGCCUAUGCUGCGGCCUACCAGCCCCGCGAGCCCCAACUACAGCCCGACGUCGCCGAGCUACUCGCCGGCAUCCCCCUCUUCGCCCAGGCACUACUCGCCGACAUCGCCGGCUCAGUAUGCCUCGCCCACUUCCCCGAGCUAUUCGCCGGCCAGUCCUAACUACAGCCCGGCAUCUCCCAACCUUCACGGGGCUGGCCCAACGUCGCCGUCGUACUCUCCUGCGUCACCGACAUGGUCUCCAACUUCACCGGCUCAGUACUCCCCUACGAGUCCGAGCUUCCAGCAGACUCCAGGAGCGCAGCAGUCGCCGACCAGCCCCAGCUACUCACCAACAUCGCCUUCCUGGUCUCCCCGAACUCCCGGGCCGGGCGGUUCUGGCAACUGAUAGUGCGUCGACUUACGAUGAUGCAACCAAUCGCGUCCUCAGUUCGCCACUUUGUCUCACUUUCCUAAUACGCCGACUAAUGAUUAUACGGCUUAACUGGUUCUGGUCGAUUGGAAUAUCGCAUCUCAUCACAGACGCAGGCUGUCACUGAGAUUUUCUCUUUUCUUUCAUUCGUGUGGAGGCCACGGUAUAUGCAUCAUAGAAGUGCUCUCAGAGACAACACAACACGCAACGAGAUGGCUUAGAUGUUUCGGUACUGGGGACGCCGGGCAGACAGCAACACACCCUUCAUACACACCCCAAAAUCAACAUGGAAAAAAAAGAUGAAAAAAACUCUCGAAAGAAGCAAAAAGGCUCGUGGUGGUUUCUGUAAAAAGCUGACUUUUGUACAAUAAGGCGAUCGGGGUGAGGGAGGAUUCGGGAAGGAGAGGAAGCACGCUAGGGGGGUUCGUUGGACUCUUCGGACGCGGUUUGAUGUGUGAAGGAAAUGGAAACGAGGCAGAAGAACCCAUACCCCACCACCAAGGGUUAAAUCUGAGACGAAGGGGACACAAAACACAGAUUGGAAUUUUCUCGAGAUGAGGAGAUAGUUAGUCUCUCAUUCCCCCUUAUAUCCAAUGACCCCUUGAAAUGGACCAGGC